CGCCCGCUGAGGCGACGUGUCCCUGCCACGGCCGAUGGCCGCCGCCCGGCCGGCCGCGCUCCGCGCCCGCGCUGACAGAUGUAUUUGAAGAGGCCGGCGGGCGGCCUCGCCUUCUGCCUCUUCUACCUGGCCUCCAGCUUCACCAACAAGUAUGUCCUGUCUGUCCUGCAAUUUACCUACCCUACCCUUUUUCAAGGGUGGCAAACAUUGGUGGGUGGACUUCUGCUUCACAUCUCCUGGAAGCUGGGCUGGGUGGAGAUAAACUUGUGUUCAAGGUCUGAAAUCCUGUCAUGGCUUCCUGCAUCAGUACUUUUUGUGGGCAUUAUUUAUGCUGGCUCCAGGGCGCUAUCCAGAUUGCCAAUCCCGGUGUUCCUCACUAUUCACAAUGCAGCAGAAGUUAUAACCUGCGGGUUCCAGAAGGUUGUGCAGAAAGAGCAGACCUCUCAUCUGAAAGUCUGUGGUGUGCUGUUCCUCCUGGCAGCAGCAGCGUGCCUUCCUUUGUGUGAUGCACAGUUUGAUCCUAACGGAUAUUUAUGGGCUCUAAUUCACUUGAUCUGUGUUGGGGCUUACAAAGUAUUUCACAAGUUGUGGAAACCUGGCUCUUUGAGUGAUCUGGACCAACAGUACAUCAACUAUGUGUUCAGUGUGGUGCUGUUGGCUUCUGCAUCCCAUCCAGCAGGUGAUCUCUUCAGUGCCUUGGAUUUUCCAUUCCUGUACUUCUACAGGUUUCAUAGCAGCUGCUGUGCCAGUGGACUGUUGGGAUUCUUUCUGAUGUUGCACACAGUGAAGCUAAAAAGCAGCACAACCUCAGGGCAAUAUGCAGCCUGGAGUUUCCUUGCAAAGGUUAUCACUGCUAGCUUAUCGCCUUUCUUCUUUGUCAUGACUGCCAAUGUAUUAACAAUUUCUUGCCUUGUGAUCGGUGGAGUUGGAGAAGCAUUGGUUGUUUACACUGAAAGGACAGGCACAUAAAGAGGAACCAGAUCUCACCAGCUGGAAAAGAGCUGACUUGCAGCCUAGAGACACUAUUGUGAAAAAAACGCAGCAGCAGGAAUGAAGAAGUGCAACCAAACAUGAGGAAAGGGACCUAUUUUUUUUUUUUUUUAAUUAAGAAAACCCUCUGCUAUUAAUAGUGCUGGUAAGGRAGCAGCAUAGUUGGCAAAGAUGGUAAAGAGCCUUUGCCUCAAAGCACAAGACAAAUUAUACCAGGUUGACGUGGUAAAGGAAUAACUGCACUGUCUCAUGCUGAUGGCUCUGUGUGAGAGCCACUCAGCAGCUUCUUGCACAGAGAACUAAACUCAGGAAAAGCAGCAUUCCCCACUGGAUGCCUCUGGUGGUUUUGGUUUUUUUUUUUGUUUGAAGCAGACAGCAGGUCAUACCAAACAAUGUCCUGCCAUAAAUUCGGGAUCUGGAAGGAUGGAUUUUGUCUCCAACGGUUCUGUAAGCAGCAAGCUGCCACACACAGGUCUCCAGUCAUGUCAUCUGARCUGGCACAGGGACUGAGGCCAAGGGGCUUGUGGAGAUAAUCCCCUUCUGGAACUGUGGCAGUUUGACAGCUUUGCAGAAAGGGAAAAUCAGCAAUAAAUCUCAAUAUCAGUA